UUUUCAUCCAAACAAACACUGUUUACACUCCUCCCAAGACUUAUAAGAUAACCAUUUUCCCCAAUUUUUUAUUUUCUCUCUCUUUCUCAAAAAGCAUCCCACUUUUACACACUAAUUAUAAUGCCUCUUCCUCACUAUAAUAUCCUGUCCUUCAAAUAAAGGUACACACAUUUUUCUCUCGUUCAGGAUCAUGAGAAGAGGAGGAAGACAUGGUCUAUUAGUACCGGCGGUGCUGGCGGUGGCUCUGCUGCAGUGCUUGACGUCAUUCGCCGCCAAUGUGACGUACGACCACCGAGCGCUGGUCAUCGACGGCAAGCGUAGAGUCUUGGUUUCGGGCUCCAUUCACUACCCUCGCAGCACCCCUCAUAUGUGGCCGGAUUUGAUAGAAAAGUCGAAAGACGGAGGUUUAGAUGUCAUUGAGACUUAUGUUUUCUGGGACUUGCAUGAACCAAUUCGUAACCAGUACGAUUUUGAAGGAAGGAAAGAUUUAGUGAAGUUUGUGAAAUUGGUUGGGGAUGCUGGCUUAUAUGUUCAUCUACGGAUUGGGCCUUACGUUUGUGCUGAGUGGAACUAUGGUGGGUUUCCUCUCUGGUUGCACUUUAUACCUGGAAUUGAAUUUCGGACUGACAAUGAGCCAUUCAAGGUUGAAAUGCAGAAAUUUACUGCCAUGAUUGUUGACAUGAUGAAGCAAGAAAAACUCUAUGCUUCCCAAGGUGGCCCAAUUAUAUUGUCUCAGAUUGAAAACGAGUACGGUAAUAUUGCUUCAAGCUUUGGUCCUCGUGCUAAAUCAUACAUCAAUUGGGCAGCAGCCAUGGCUACCUCUUUAGAUACAGGGGUACCCUGGAUUAUGUGUCAGCAAGCCGAUGCCCCUGAUCCUAUUAUAAACACGUGCAAUGGGUUCUAUUGUGAUAACUUUACCCCAAAUUCUGCCAAGACACCGAAAAUGUGGACAGAGAAUUGGAGUGGAUGGUUUCUUGCAUUCGGUGGUCCUGUACCAUACAGGCCUGUGGAAGAUCUUGCUUUUGCAGUGGCCAGAUUCUAUCAGCGCAGUGGAACCUUUCAAAAUUAUUAUAUGUAUCAUGGAGGAACUAACUUUGGCCGAUCCAGUGGAGGACCCUUUAUUUCAACAAGCUAUGAUUAUGAUGCUCCCCUUGAUGAAUAUGGCCUUCUAAGACAACCAAAAUAUGGACAUUUGAAAGAUCUGCAUAAGGCUAUAAAGCUUUGUGAAGAGGCUAUGGUGUCAACUGAUGCAACCACCACUUCUCUUGGCUCGAAUUUGGAGGCCACUAUGUAUAAGAAAACAGAAUCAGGGUUAUGCUCUGCCUUCCUGGCAAAUUUUGGUCCCCAAUCCGAUGCAAUGGUUAACUUCAAUGGCAAUUCUUAUCACUUACCGGCCUGGUCAGUUAGCAUCUUACCAGAUUGCAAGAAUGUGGCAUUUAAUACCGCCAAGAUAAACUCUGUUUCAACCAUUUCCAGAUUCGUGAGUCAAUCUUCUAAUGUGGAUACCUCUGAAGCAUCUCUAUCUGACUGGAGCUGGAUUAACGAACCUGUUGGUAUAUCAAGCAAUAAUGCAUUUACAAGAGUUGGGUUAUUAGAGCAGAUAAACACUACAGCUGACCAAAGUGAUUAUUUGUGGUAUUCUCGAAGUAUUGAUAUCAAAGGUGAUGAACCUUUCCUAGAAGAUGGAUCACAAGCAGUUCUUCACGUCCAAUCACUUGGUCAUGCACUGCAUGCCUUUGUUAAUGGAAUCCAUUCAGGCAGUGGAAAGGGAAAUAGCGGAAAUUCCAAAGUAACGUUAGAUGUUCCCAUCAACCUUUUACAAGGGACAAAUAAAAUUGAUCUCUUAAGUUUGACAGUUGGACUGCAGAAUUAUGGAGCGCAUUAUGAUUUAAGAGGGGCAGGGGUUACCGGUCCUGUGCAGUUGAAAGGUUCAAAUGGUAGCUUAAUAGCUGAUCUUUCUUCACAGCAAUGGACAUAUCAGAUUGGACUUAAAGGGGAAGAGUUAAGCUUGUCCGAUGGAGUAUCAUCACUCUGGACAUCAGAUUCUAGUUUUCCCACAAAUCAACCAUUAAUAUGGUAUAAGACCAGUUUUGAGGCACCAGGUGGUGAUAAUCCUGUUGCCAUAGAUUUCACUGGGAUGGGGAAGGGUGAAGCAUGGGUCAAUGGUGAAAGCAUUGGACGGUAUUGGCCAACAUAUGUUGCUUCAACCACCUCAGCUUGCACAGAUUCUUGUAACUACAAGGGACAUUAUGAUGACAGCAAAUGCCUCAAGCACUGUGGAAAACCAUCUCAAACCGCUUACCAUGUUCCUCGUUCAUGGCUAAAGCCAAGCGGAAAUGUGCUGGUUUUAUUCGAGGAAGCGGGUGGAAAUCCAACGAAGAUAUCAUUUGUUACCAGAGAGACACCAAGUGUAUGCUCAAGAAUUUCAGAAUCUCAUCCAACCCCUAUAGACAUGUGGGUUCCUUCAGAAGAAGAUGCAGGAAUGCAAGCGGGGCCCACCAUGUCUCUUGAGUGCCCUCUUCCUAAUCAGCUCAUAUCUUCAAUCAACUUUGCAAGCUUUGGCACCCCUCAAGGGAGAUGUGGAAGCUAUAGCCAUGGCAAAUGCAGGAGCAGCAAUGCUCUUUCCAUUCUAGAAAAGGCUUGCCUUGGAACAAGAAGCUGCAUUGUUGGUGUGUCAAUCAAUACAUUUGGUGACCCAUGUGUGGGAAUUACAAAGAGUUUAGCAGUUGAAGCAUCAUGUGCAUGAAUGGCAUUACACGUAUAGUCGAAACAUAUAGUAUAGUAUUUCUCCAAAUAAAGCUCAUGUAUCAAUGUUUGGCUCUUCAGUUAUGUGCAACUGUAAUUAUAAAAUUUAAAAUAACCAGUCCUUAUACGGGAAAGUUUACAGUUCACUAAUGUAUUAUACAUACUCGGUAACAAUCACUUACAAUACAUGGUAAGCUGAGAUUCUGUAAUUUGCUAAUAAUAUUAUCGAUUCUGUUUUUAUUUUAUACAUAAUUUUUAUAAUAAUAGAUAUAUAUUGUGUACAAUAUUACAA